AUAUACUUGUUCCAUAUAAAUCCAUAGACAAAAUGCCAGGUGUUUCCGUCAGAGACGUUCCAGCUCAAGAUUUCAUCAACGCUUACGCCCAAUUCUUGCAACGUCAAGGUAAAUUAGAAGUUCCAGGUUACGUUGACCUUGUCAAAACUUCUGCCGGUAAUGAAUUACCACCUCAAGAAGCUGAAACUUGGUACUACAAAAGAGCUGCUUCUGCCGCCAGACACAUUUACUUAAGAAAACAAGUUGGUGUUGGUAAAUUAAACAAAUUAUACGGUGGUGCCAUCAACAGAGGUUUCAGACCUCACAGACACGCUGACGCUUCUGGUUCUAUUAACAGAAGAGUCUUACAAUCUUUAGAAAAAAUUGGUGUCUUAGAAAAAUCUGCUAAAGGUGGUAGAAGAAUCUCUGAAAACGGUCAAAGAGAUUUAGAUCGUAUUGCCGCUCAAACUUUAGAAGAAGACGAAUAAAUUAUUUAGUUGAUUACUUAUUUCAAAUAAUUAAUCGAUUAAAUUUAGUAUAUUAGUUUCUUAUGAAUUUUUCUUUCUAAUUUUUGUAUUUAAACCUUAAUAAAAAAAAAAUACGCAUUGUAAAAUAUAUCGAC